AGACCAGUGAGGUCAAGGAAAAGGCAGCAAGGUCAAUGAGAGCUUAUCACCAAGAGGGAAAGGAGUAAACUUGUUCAGGAGCACACUAUCCAACCAAUCAAGCAAGCCAACCUUCCUGGACGAGAGAGAUCCUAGCAAACACAGUCAGGCCCUCCAAAUGGAGCAACUUAGACGGGGUCGGAGAUUGAUACUCUUCCCACUGCCCUUUCAAGGCCAUAUAAAUCCCAUGCUUGAGCUGGCCAACAUCUUACACUGGAAAGGCUUCUCCAUAACCAUUAUCCAAAGCAACUUCAACUCUCUCAACCCUUCAAGCCAUCCCAACUUCACCUUCCACUCAUUAAAUAUCGGAUUAACUGAAAGCGAAACCUCAACAAAGGAUCCGCUCCUACUUCUUUCUCUUCUUAAUUUGAAGUAUUGUGAACCUUUCCUACAAUGUUUACUUAUGAUUCUGUCUGAUGUUUCAAUGGAGCCUGUUAGUUGUUUAAUUACCGACUCCGUCUAUGACUUCACUCAAUCUGUUGCAGCGGACCUAAAGCUGCCAAGGAUUCUAUUAAGGACUGGGAGUGCCUCUUCAUUUGCAAUUUAUAAUGCAUUUCCACUUCUCCGAGAGAAAGGCUACCUCCCUAAACAAGAUUCUAGAUUAGAAGAGGAAGUGACAGAGCUUCCACCUCUCAAGGUUAAGGACCUUCCAAUUAUCAACAGUGAUGGUCCAGAGAGAUUUUUUAAUCUAAUCGCUAACCUGGAAAUUCAGACCAAGACCUCAGAUGGAUUGAUUCUUAAUACUUUUGAAGACCUUGAAGAAAACUCAAUGGCUACCAUUCGCCAGAAUUAUCCUAUUCCAGUUUUCUCGCGGCCAUUUCACAAAUGCUACGCUGCAAACUCUUCUUUGACUUCAAGUAGCUUAUUAGCACAAGACCAGAGUUGCAUUUCAUGGCUAAACACACAAGCACCGGAAUCUGUUAUUUAUGUCAGCUUUGGAAGCAUUGCAGCAAUAAAGGAAAUUCAGGUUUUGGAGAUAGCUUCGGGACUAGCCAACAGCAAUCAGCCGUUCUUGUGGGUUAUUCGACCCGGAUUAGUCCAUGGGUCAGAUUGGCUUGAAGCAUUACCUAGUGCGUGUCUUGAGACAUUGAACGGUAAGGGUCACAUUGUUAAAUGGGCACCUCAAAAAGAAGUGGUUUCCCAUCAAGCAGUCGGUUUGUUUUGGACUCACAAUAGCUGGAAUUCUACUUUAGAGAGUAUAUGCGAGGUACCUAUGAUUUGUGUGCCGUGUUCUGCUAAACAAAUGAUGAAUGCAAGAUAUGUAAGUGAUGUUUGGAAGGUCGGGUUGCAGUUACAAGAUGGGGUUGAGAGAGCCAAUAUUGAAAAAACCAUUAGAACACUAAUGCAGAAGGCAAAUCUUUGCCUGAAACAAGGUGGUUCAUCACACCAAUCCUUAGAUGCCUUGACUAAGCACAUACUAUCACUUCAGUGA